AUGUACAACUGGAAAACUAACUACCCCUCUUUUUCAGAGAACUCCUCAGGCUUGAUGGGACUGCUCGAGUCCCUGAUGUAUUCUCAUCAGCCCACUUGGGACGACUGUCAACAACUCUUGCAGGUCGUCUUUACGACUGAAGAAAGAGAGAGGAUCCUCCUAGAGGCCAGAAAGAAUGUUCCAGGACCAGAUGGGACCCCCACCAAUCUCCCUAAUCUUAUAGAUGCUGCUUUCCCCUUGGUCCGCCCUGACUGGGAUUACAACUCUGCGAAAGGGCUCCACUGUGACCUUGCGCCCUUCAGGGCACGGAACCCCCAGAUUUCUCUCCUGCAGUACGUAGAUGAUUUACUGCACGCUGGGAUUACAACUCUGCGGAAGGUCCUCGCAGCCUCAACCCAGGAACUGUGCCUCGACGGGACCAGAAAGCUCCAAAAGGAAUUGGGUGAGUUGGGGUACCGGGUGUCCGCCAAGAAAGCCCAGUUAUGCCGCUCGGAGGUGACCUACCUAGGAUACACUCUCCGAGAAGGGAAGCGACGGCUCACUGAAGCACGGAAAAAGACUGUGAUGCAGAUCCCGACCCCCACCACUCCGAGACAAGUGUGUGAGUUUUUGGGAACUGCGGGUUUUUGUAGACUCUGGAUACCAGGGUUUGCCAUGCUGGCGGCCCCUCUGUACCCACUCACUAAAGAAAAAGUCCCAUUCACCUGGACGGAGGAGCACCAAAGAGCCUUUGAUAAUAUAAAGACUGCCCUGCUCACAGCUCCUGCUUUGGCUCUGCCAGAUCUGACUAAGCCUUUCACUCUAUAUGUUGAUGAGCGGGCUGGAGUGGCCCUUGGAGUUCUGACUCAGACCCUGGGGCCUUGGAAGCGGCCGGUGGCCUACCUAUCUAAAAAGCUAGACCCUGUCGCCAGCGGGUGGCCCUCUUGCUUGAAAGCCAUUGCUACAGUAGCCCUACUUGUCAAAGACGCUGAUAAGCUUACUCUGGGUCAGCAUGUGACUAUAAUUGCUCCCCAUGCUUUAGAAAGUAUUGUGCGGCAGCCCCCCAACCGCUGGAUGACAAACGCCCGGAUGACACAUUACCAGAGCUUGUUGUUAAAUGAUCGGAUAACCUUUGCUCCUCCUGCUAUUCUCAAUCCGGCCACCCUGCUCCCGGAAGCAGAUGACUCUACCCCGGUGCACCAAUGCACUGACGUCCUGGCUGAAGAAACCGGGACCAGGAAAGACCUCACCGACCAACCUUGGCCGGGGGUGCCUAACUGGUAUACGGAUGGCAGCAGUUUUGUGGUAGAAGGUAAAAGAAGGGCGGGAGCAGCGGUGGUGGAUGGAAAGCAGGAAAUUUGGGCCAGCAGUCUCCCAGAAGGAACCUCCACUCAAACAGCUGAGCUCCUGGCAUUGACUCAAGCUCUGCGUCUGGCAGAAGGUAAGGCUAUCAACAUUUAUACCGACAGCCGUUAUGCUUUCGCCACGGCCCACAUUCAUGGGGCCAUCUACAGACAGAGGGGCCUGCUCACCUCAGCAGGAAGAGACGUUAAAAACAAAGAAGAAAUCCGGGCCCUCCUAGAAGCCAUACAUCUUCCACAAAAAUUAGCCAUUGUCCACUGCCUGGGACACCAGAAGGGGGUUGACCCAGUCACAAAGGGGAACGAGAUGGCCGAUCUAACAGCAAAGCAAGCUGCCCAGGGAGCGGUAGUGCUGGCGGAGGAAACUGGAACCCCGCCAGAAUCCCCGAA